UUUCUUGGGUCAAAAUCUUCUCUUCGUUCUCUAUCUUGAGGAUUUCUAGGGUUCUGAGAUUCAGGAGAGAGAUAACGAACAGCAAUGGCGAAUCAAGUGAUCUCCGGAAUCAAGGAAACGGUUCAAUCGAUCAACGGCGCGGCUCGUCCAUGGGGCGAUUUCCUCGAUCUCUCCGCUUUCAGCUUCCCGUCCUCCUUCUCCGACGCCACAACUCGCCUCACUCAGAACCUUGCUCAUUUCCGCAUCAACUACACCAUCAUCCUCUCCGUCCUCCUCGCUCUAACCUUGAUCACACGCCCGAUCGCCAUCCUCGCUUUCGUAGCCGUCGGCUUAGCUUGGUUCUUCCUCUAUUUCGCUCGCGAGGAGGCGCUCACCGUCUUCGGGUUCACCGUCGACGAUGGCGUCGUGGCGGUGCUUCUCAUCGUUCUAACGAUCGCAGCGCUAGUUACCACUGGAGUUUGGCUCAGUGCUCUCACCACCGUUGGAUUCGGAGCUCUGGUUUUGAUCUUACACGCGGCGCUGAGAGGAACGGAGGAUCUUGUGACGGAUGAUCUGGAAUCGCCUUACGGACCAAUGCUCUCUACCGCCGGCGGAGAUAACGGUGAUUACAGUGGGAUUUGAGCUACAUUUGGUGCUUGUAACUAAACUCUAAUUGUUUUCUUUGUGUUCAUUAUUAGACAUUGUUCAAGACGUUAAGGAAUCAAAUGAAAGUUUAUACGAUCCGGAUUA